AUGGCGGCGACUGAGUGGUCCUCGGCGACCGGCCAUUUUAUUUGUAAGCAUGACCGGCGGCGCCGGUGUAGGAAGCGGCAGAUCGUCAUCGAAAUAGUCGUCGUGUAUGUGGUGGAGGCAGCCGACAUGACGGUUGCGUCGAAAGAGGCGGCGGUGAUUGAGCAGUGGUCUCAGGCGGCGGCAGAAGGCAGGCGGAUGGCGGCGGGCUGCGGAAGUUGGGCGGAGGGCGGAGGACGGCAGCGGAGGACAGCCGCUGAUCAACUCCCGACAGACGGCGGCGCCGGCGCCGGUAUAGCCUCUGUCACCAAAAAAACCCAGAUGACCGGCUCUUCAGCGGCCACACAGCCCAUCUCCACCACUCCCAAGCCCGCUACAACUGUGGAAGCUUCUUUCCAGCCUCUAGCCGGAGCCGGCGCCGGCGCCAAUAGGACCACCGAAAAAUCGCAAGUGGCCAGAACUCCGGCAAGGGCGGGUUAUGAAGCGGAUUUCUCGAAGGGAAUACUUGGACCCCGACCAAACCUCCCCGCCUCGCCCUAG